GAAAAAGACCCUAACUCGAAAAAGACCCCAAACCAGAAAAGACCACAAGCCCGAAAAAGGACCCCAAGCCCUAAAAAGACCACAAGCCCGGAAAAGACCACAAGCCUUGAAAAAGGACCCCAAUCU